UUUUAAUUCAAAAAUUCCAUUUUGAAUAUUUUAUACCCACGCCUAGUCCCAUCCCAUCAUACAAAAACACUAUCCUCGAAAAAUUGAAUCAAAGUAGAGAAAAUGAGAAAAUUCGAUCCAUGGCCGAUCUUUUUCCGUCGGGAAUGGAGCCGCAACUGGCCGUUCCUGGUGGGUUUUGCGGUGACCGGCACUAUCAUCACGAAGAUGUCCCUCGGCUUCACUGAGGAGGAUGCAAAGAACUCUCGAUUUGCCCAGAGGCAUAAGAAGUAA